AUGGCUGCAACAAUGUCAAUCAGCACAAAUGAUGUUUCAUCCAACUACCAUACGGUUUCAAUUUGUGAAGAUCUUCCGACAAUCAAAAAAUAUUACAGUGAGGAAACUUUCCAGGAUCUUCCACCUGCCGAUUAUUGGGUCAGAAAGAUGGACAAAAAAGCAAAACAAGAACAUUACAAAGUGCAACAUGUCAUGGUAAACGGUCCAUAUACCACAUUGAUUGAAAAUCAUCCGAUUUUUGCGGCCUUUCUCUUUGCUUACAAUUCACACGAGGAUAUCGUUUUGUCUCCCGAUGAUAUUUGGCUCAUGAUACGUAUAUACUUUUGUGUUUAUGUCAAUGAAAAUGCUGAAAAAUUGCGCCCACUUUUUGUUGAUCAUAACGGUCAGAAAAAAUUGAUUAUCGAACAAGUGGGUAUGACCAACAUUGACUGGGAUGAUUUUCUUGAACGUAUACAAACACAAUUAAGUGAUAAUGUGAAAAAUAAUGUCACGGAAUUACUUAGAGCAAAUUUUUCAACAACUACCAAAGUUGAAUUGUUUCUUUCUUAUGUAGCUACAAUGGAUACAUUCAAGAAGUAUUUUGAAUAUGAAGCCUGUAUGACAUUGUGUGGCAUUCGUCGAGCGCAUUUCAUGGGUACACUCGACGAUUGGACAUUGCUGCGUCGUAAAACUGAGCAACUUAAAAAUUUCACUACUGAUAAUUGGAAUAGUUUUGCUACUUAUAUCAAUGGAGUAUUGCCUAUCCUUGAUGAAUUCAUUCAAACCUACAAGGGCGACGUGAACAAUAAAUUUUGGGAUGAAGUAAUGCAAAUAAAUCAUAAAGCAGGGCAAUCUGGAGUGAGAGGAGGAGAUUAUAUCAACGGCGGAUGGAUUCUUCGCCUUUUCUAUGGAUUGCAAAACAGCAAAAGCCAUCACGUAACAGAUAUAAAACUCCCAUCAUUGGUCAUACCCGUUCAAGUAAACAAUGAAGUAACCAAUGAAUCGAAAACGUGCCAUAUAGUUGGUCGCUUUCAUGGAGUUCAAUCAAAAGGUGGACGUCAUAGGCCGGUGAUGGGAUUUGCCAUUAUAGACGACCUACGUACUAUUACGUCUUUCAAACGCUAA